UGCACUAAUGACAAGUUAAAGUUCCUGAUGAACUCUUUGAAUAUAGAUACAGAAGGGCUGGUGGAACUUUUCUACAUACGGAAGUCUUGCAAAUUUAUAUUUAAUCCACAAAGUCUCAAUAAUGAAAUGGCUAGAUUUUACAUACGGAAAGAGAUGAAAAUGAUUCAGAGUGUGAUUAAACCCCCAAAAUCAAACUUUAAAAGCUACGAUUUAAACCAUAUGGGUAUUAAUGUGAUGAAGAUUGAUGAAGAGGACCUUAACACUACGGAUCCCAGGAUUGGUAUCAGUGUACCACAGUUGUUGCCUCAGAAUGAGACCUUUAUUCCUGAAGUCUGGUUUCCAGCUAAUGCCUUGCAUGAAAUCCCAGAGAAGAAGAGGGUAGUUGGCACGGUUAGCUACAUGUGGCAUGAUCAGUUUGAGAUGUACCCUGUCAAUAUCUCCUCUGUGGUCAUAAGAAUAGAACUGUCAGAAGGAAAACGGCUUAAGAAUCUGAACACUCCUAUUGAAAUGGUUUUUCGUAAUGUUGUGGCGAAUGUUUCAGAGAAUGGCACAAUGUUUGUUUGCCAUUACUUUGAUGAAAAUGACUUUCAUUGGAAAAAAGAAGGAUGUAAAACUGAAAUUGCAUUGAGUAAUAUUACUUGCAGCUGCAACCAUAUGACACCCUUUGCGGUGUUGCUGAUUGAUUUAUCACAAAUUGAUGAAAUUCAUUGGCAAAUACUGUCAUACAUAAGCUACAUCGGCUGUGGACUCUCUGCUUUCUUCACUGCUUUAUCCAUUGUCAUAUUUUUAUUUUCUCAUCAAAAGGCAGACCACUCCAUUGCCAUCCAUGUGUCUCUGAGCGGAUCCUUGUUCCUUCUCAACACCACAUUUCUUCUGACUGAAUGGGGGGCCACAGUGAAGCCCGACUGGGUGUGUGUGCUUGUGGCAGCUGCCAUGCAUUACUCACUGCUCUGCUCUUUUACAUGGAUGGCCUUAGAAGCAGUACAUCUCUAUAUACUGCUAAUUAAAGUGUUCAACACCAACUACAAACACUACAUGCUCAAAAUGUCUGUCAUUGGAUGGGGCAUUCCUGCUAUAAUUGUCUCAAUCUCAGCGGGCGUGCAGAACAAUCAUUUCUACGGCAUGAAAGAGACCAUAAUGGCAGAUUCCAAUCAGACAAGUGCCAUCUGCUGGAUCAUAGAUGACUCUUAUUUCUAUUCUCUCAAUUUGGUCUACUUCACCCUCAUCUUUGUGUUCAAUUCGGGCAUACUGACGGCCGUGGCUUCAAGCAUUUGUAAGAUGAAACAGGUGUUCAGGAAUGUGAAAGACAAAAAAUGGAAAGAUCCCAGUAGAUUCAACGAGUCCUGUAAGAGCGGCUUCACUGUGCUGGGUCUCACUUGCCUCAUGGGAACAACAUGGGGCCUUGCGUUUCUCGGCUCAGGAUACGUCAACUAUCCUGUCCUCUACCUUUUCUGCAUUUUCAACUCCACACAAGGGUUCUUUAUCUUCAUCUGGAUUUGCCUGUCAACCAACAAGCAGAGGAAGAGGAAAAUGGAGGAGAAGAUGGCUUCAACUCCAGCAAAGACCUCCACAACCAAAACAGAAUACUUCUCAGUUGAGGAUGUGAAACCACGUAUUAUGCUCAUCAAGCUCAAAGACCAUAUUUUAAUCAGUCCCAACAAGAUCGCAUAUGGUUUUGAUCCACCUGCCACCGCACAUUACUGUGAAGAUGUAUCAUCUGAAUGUCUUCGUGAUCGUGGUUCCUGGACUAAAUGUUAUGAGAACAAAAUUCGUGAAUGUUCACAAAAAGGAAGAGGGGACCCAAAUUUUUAUUUAAAGACGUUAGAACCAUCACAAGAGGCUAAUGUGCAAAUGAAGAAUCAUAGAGUUCAAAUUCCAUCGGCAGCUUUGCAGAUGAGCCAAGGGGAUGAGGAAUAUGUGCGGGUGGUGGUAACUGUCCUAAACAGCUCUUACUUUGAGUUAGGACCCACACCAACAAAAGCUGCUGUAAAGCCCAGCUUUGUUUUAGACAAGUCUGUCCUUGUGGUAAAGGCAGGGAUCCAACGUGUUACAAACCUAUCAGAGCCUGUCAGGUUGCUGUUCAAAUCUCAGGAGCAGGGGUUAAAUGGUAUCUGUGUAUUUUGGAAAGAUUCAGAUGUUGGAGAAUCAGGUCACUGGAGCACAGAUGGCUGUAGAACUGACUAUAAUGAAACAAAUUUUAUCUGUCGAUGCAACCAUCUCAGCUUCUUUGCUGUUAUUGUGAACCCAGCAAUAACAGUGGAUGUGAAAACUGCUCUGAACCUCACCUACAUUAGUUACAUUGGGUCAGCUUUCUCUGUUGUCUUCACUCUCAUCAGCUUCUUCUUAUUAAUUUGUCUGCGCCGGCGGCGUCCCGAGAAGGCCCUUGGUAUUCAUAUUCAGUUGGCAGGGGCCAUGCUGUGCCUUCACCAGAGCUUCCUGGUGUCCAGUUUGGUUCUGUGGUAUAUCCCAGAAUUGGGUAAUGGGAGACUUUGCAAAGCCUUAGGCCUUAUUUUGCACUGGUCACUGCUGGCCACUUUGAGUUGGGCAGUUUUGGAAGGAUUUCACCUUUACCUACUUCUGAUCAGAGUCUUUAACAUCUAUGUACGGAAAUAUGUGCUCAAGAUCAGUGUGUUCGGAUGGGGUUUCCCUACACUGGUUGCAGUGGUUUGUGCAAUUGCAGAUGUUUAUGGAAAAUACACUGUAAGCAUAAUAGAUGCCGACAACCAAACCUCAAUAGGACACAUAUGUUGGAUAAGCAGCAGUGCCCCACACAACAUCAUAGCGACCUAUGUCACCACUGUAGUCUUUCCCUGUUUGGUCAUCAUUUAUAAUGGAAGCAUGCUGGGAAGGGUAGUUUGUCAGCUGUGGGGUUUGCGGAGAGCGGACUACAUGGAGCGCAAACAUAAUUGGAAAAUGCUCCAGAAGGAGAGAAUAACACAGUUGUGGAAGGAUGCAGUGACAGUGCUAGGCCUCAGCUGUGUGUUGGGGUUACCUUGGGGACUCUCCAGUAUAUCCUACAUCUCUACACCAGGAAUUUAUGUCUUCACUGUACUGAAUUCACUACAAGGUUAG